AUGUGUAACGGUACCAUGUGUGACGGUACCAUGUGUGUGCCUCAGACUCUGGACGACCUGGAGCAGCGAACGAAAGAAGCAGGAAUCGAGAUCAGUGUCAGACAAAGUUUUCUGACGGAUCCUACUGUUGCUGUGAAGAACCUGAAGAGACAAGACGCUCGGAUCAUUGUGGGUCUGUUCUAUGAAACUGAGGCUCGAAAAGUCUUCUGUGAGGUGUUCAAGGAGAAGUUAUAUGGUAAGAAGUAUGUCUGGUUCCUGAUUGGCUGGUACGCUGAUAACUGGUUCAAGAUCAAAGACCCAGCGAUAAACUGCAGCGUGGAGAACAUGACGGAGGCGGUGGAGGGUCAUGUGACCACCGAGAUCGUCAUGCUCAACCCCGAGACCAUCAAGGGCGUGUCCAACCUGACGUCGCAGGAGUUCCUGGAGGAGCUGAUGUCCCGUCUGGGGGGUAAGAACCCGGAGGAGACGGGCGGGUUCCAGGAGGCGCCGCUGGCCUUUGACGCCGUGUGGGCUCUGGCUCUGGCCCUGAACAAGACCUCACAGCGUCUGUCCAGCAGAGGGCGCCACCUGGAGGACUUCAACUACAACAACCACGACAUCACCGCAGAGAUAUACAGGGCCAUGAACACCAGCUCCUUCGAAGGCGUGUCGGGCCACGUGGUGUUUGAUGCUCAGGGAUCCCGGAUGGCCAUGACCCUCAUCGAGCAGCUCCAGGGAGGAAUGUAUAAGAAGAUCGGAUACUACGACAGCUCACAGAAGAACCUGUCCUGGUUCGGCAACGACGUGUGGAUCGGUGAGGAGGAGGGAGAGGAGGAGGAGGAGGAGGAGGGAGAGGAUGAGGAGGAGGAGGGAGAGGAGGAGGAGGAGGAGGGGGAGGAGGAGGAGGAGGGAGAGGGAGGUGGAGGAGGGGGAGGAGGAGGGUCUGGUCCUCCCGCGGACAGGACCGUGGUCCGGGAGGUUUACAGAUAUCUGUCUCAGAAGCUUUUCGCUGCGGUCUCGGUCUUCGCUGGUUUGGGAAUCGUCCUCGGGAUUAUCUGCCUCAGUUUCAACAUCUACAACAGCAACGUGAGGUACAUCCAGAACUCUCAGCCGUACCUAAACAACAUGACCGCUGUCGGCUGCAUCAUGGCUCUGGCCGCGGUCUUUCCUUUGGGCAUCGACGGACACCACAUCCACCGCUCACAGUUCCCUGUGGUCUGUCAGUUCCGCCUCUGGCUACUGGGCCUUGGUUUCUCGGUGGCCUAUGGUUCCAUGUUCACAAAGAUCUGGUGGGUUCAUACUCUGUUCACCAAGAAGGAAGAGAAGAAGAAGAAGUUUACAAAGGAGGCUCCUAAAGAAGACCUGGACGUCCUGAUUCAGCCUCUGCUCGAACACUGCAGCUCUGACAAGAUCAACACAUGGCUGGGUGUGGUGUAUGGGUACAAAGGCCUGCUCCUGCUGCUGGGUAUAUUUCUUGCCUAUGAAACAAAGUCUGUGUCGACAGAGAAGAUCAACGACCACCGAGCGGUUGGCAUGGCGAUCUACAACGUGGCUGUCCUUUGUCUCAUCACGGCUCCUGUGACCAUGAUCCUGUCGUCGCAGCAGGAUGCGUCCUUCGCCUUCGCGUCUCUCGCUGUGGUCUUCUCUGCCUACAUCACUCUGGUCGUGCUGUUCGUGCCCAAGAUCCGCCGCCUCAUCACUCGGGGGGAGUGGCAGUCUGAGCAGCAGGACACACUGAAGACUGGAUCCUCCACAAACAACAACGACGAAGAGAAAUCCAGACAAUUGGAGCGAGAGAACAGAGAGCUGCAGAAGAUCAUCCAGGAGAAGGAAGAGAGAGUGUCCGCUCUGAGGACCCAGCUGGCCGAGCGUCAGGCCCUGAGGAGCAGACGUCGCUCUAACGCCCAGAACCACAACAGCGCUCCCGGUGGACACCCUGAACCCAAGUCCCUGCUGCCCCCCCCCGGGUACCCCAGCGAGCCCAUCCCCCAGAGCAUCUACCCCCCCGAGGGAAAGAUGAGCCGCAACCACUGCCACUCCAGCCAGAUCCCCCUGCUCUACAAGUGA